UCCGGUCUCUCUGCGCCAAGCCGCCUUAAGACUCUCUCCCCUUCAUCUCCGCCUCGAUCCCCCGACCCACCAAAAACCCCUCUUCGAGAUGGACGACGACGACGAAUUCGGCGAUCUCUACACUGACGUCCUCCGCUUCCCCUCCUCCGCUACCGGCACCGCCGCCCCUCCGCCGCCGCCGCCCUCCCUCCCAUCCGCCGCCGCCUCCAAACCUCCCCCCGUUCCCCUCUUCCCCAGCGACGACGACGACGACGACGCGAUCUCCUUCGGUUCCUCCCGCCCCAACCCCCCCGCCCCGCCCCCCUCCAUUCCCUCUCAAACCCUUGCCACUGCCAACGAGGACGGCGACGAUGAUUGGCUUCUCGGCCACGCGCCUGCCGACGUGGAGCCGCCGGCGAAUUGGGAUGACGAGGACGACAAGGCGCCUCCAGAGGCCGCUGCCCUGUACGUCCCCUACUCGGGCGAGCCUAGGGUUUUGGAGGAGGAUUACGAGGACCAGACUAGGGUUUCUGAAAUCCCCGAGAAGGAUGCUGAGAUCGCCGAGGAGGAAGACGGCGAUCCGUAUCUGGGAGGUGGGGCUAGUGAGAGUAUGGGGAUCGGGGUUCCUGAUCAGGUCCCGGUCAUUCCCGGACUCUCAGCUGGGCCGGCCCCUCCGAGACCUUUUCUUGAUAUGAAGGGCGGGGAGGUGAAGCCAUCGGGAAGCGAAGAUUGGGACAGCGAUAGCGAGGAUGAUCUGCAGAUCGUCCUGAACGACAACCAUGGGCCGCUGGGUGGCGAGAGGAAUGAUCGAGUGGGAGACGAGGAAGAUGAUGAUGAAGAUGGGGAGGAGGAUUUGGUUAUCGUCACCGAUGAAGACCAGCAUCACCACCUCCCGGCCAUGGAGGAGCAAGACUGGGGUGGCGAGGAGGCUAUCCAACCUUCCGGGGAUGGAGAAAAGGAGAUGGCGGAUGCGGCAAAAGGUAACUGUCCUGCUGGGACUGCCCCGGCUGCAAGGAUUGGGUACAGCAAUCAUGGGUUUCAUGUGCAGCAUCAUUCGACGUACAAGUAUAUAAGACCUGGUGUUGCACCUAUGUCUGGGGGACCUUCUGGUGGUGCUGUAGGUCCUGCUGGUCAUGUCCGUCCUCCUCUUCCCUUGGGCCCCACGGCUGGUCGAGGGAGAGGUGAUUGGAGACCUGCUGGUGGCAGGGGCAUUCCAAAUGCCUCGAAAAGUUUCCAUUCUUUUGGAGCAACUUCUCGGUCCAAUGGCUCAUUAGUCCGUGCAAUUGGCAGUGGAUUAGAUUUCACCCUUCCUGCGCACAAGACAAUAUUUGAUAUUGACAUUGAAAGUUUUGAGGAAAAACCAUGGAGACAUCCUGGAGUUGAUAUUUCAGAUUUUUUCAAUUUUGGACUUGAUGAGGACAAGUGGAAGGAUUACUGCAAGCAGCUGGACCAACUUCGUUUGGAAGCUACCAUGCAAAGCAAAAUCCGUGUUUAUGAGAGCGGCCGAUCAGAACAGGGGUAUGAUCCAGAUUUACCUCCUGAACUUGCGGCUGCAGCAGGCCAUCAUGAUAUAUCUGUUCAUAGUGGGCAUCAUGGAAGAGCAGAUAACGGGCAAACUGAUUUUAGUAGCCAAGGAAGAGGAGCUGCAAACAUACGGGCACUGAUACCAACUGGGAGAGCCAUACAGGUUGAAAGUGGUCAUGGUGAACGCCUUCCUUCUAUUGAUACAAGGACACCACGGGUUCGUGAUUCAGAUGCAAUUAUAGAGAUUGUUUUGCAGGACCCUAUAAAUGAUCCAACAAUGAAUGACAGUGCAUUAGAGCAGGCUGAAAAGGAUCUCCAAGGCGAACACUAUAAAGGUGUCCAUGAAUUUGAAGAUGAAAGACUUGUUGCAUCUGCAUAUGACAACCGCUUUCCACAUGCUUCAAGUGGGAGGAAGAGGGAAAUGACUGGAAGAGGCCCCUUUACACCUGAACAAGGUGGUAUUCUACCCUUCCGUUCAGAGGUGCAUGGUUGCUACAAUUCCAAUUCAAAAUCAAGGAGCCCAGCAUAUUCUGGUGGAUCUUUUGAGGGUCAUCAUGCUGGAAGGUUGCCACAAGGGACCUCACGUAGUAGACACUCCAGUGCAAGUGGCGAACACUCGAAUGAUGCCAUUCCUAGCCAAAGUGCCCAUUCAAACAAGCAUGGUGAUCGCCAGAAAGGAAAACUGAUUGACAGUGCCAAAGUUAACCAGAUAUCUGAAGUACCUGCUGUUGCGGUUGAAACUGCAAGGGAGCUGAGCAUUGAACAAAAAUAUGAUGAACAUGAUGAGAAGCUUGCACUGGGUGAUAGCAUUGAAGUAGAAGGGGAAGACAUCACUUCAGAUUUUCAUAUUUCAAGUGAGACUGUUGGUGAUGAUAACCUAGUUUCUCCUGGCAAAAAACAAAAGCUAAGUUCACGAGUAGAGCAACCUGUAGUCAAUGAUACUGGUGAUGAAGAUGAAUUAAGGACCUCGCAUAGUGACAACGGCAGAGCAAAAACUGGGAGCAGUAAAGAUUAUCAGAAACGGCGUGAAAAUGGUGAUGAAGUCAUGCAAGAUGGACGGUCGAGGCGGAUGGGCGAUAUAAGAAGGCACAAUGAAGGAGAGGAACAUAUUCUUCGGCGAAAGGAUGCUUAUGGCCGUGAUGCUAGACAAGAUAUAGACAGAAACCGUGUAGCUUCCAAAGAAAGGGAAGAUACUUAUCGCUCUUCUGGACAUAGAGAUUGGGAUCCCAUUUCUGCACACCCUAUUCGAGGUAGAAGUUUUGAGAGGCCGAAGGACUCAAGUUCUAUUAGUGCUUGGCAAAGAAGAGGAGAAGAAAUUCACAGUAGAAGGGUUAAGGGCGAAGACAUAAGGAGGGAGCGUAGUGAGGGAGCAGGAUCAAGGCACAGGAGUAAGGUAAGGGGAAGUGACAGGAAUGAUAGAGAUGAGGAUCUUCAUUCAAGAAAACGGGUGGAUGAUGGUGACUGGAGAGGACGCAAUAGAGAUGGGGCCUCAAGACAGAGGGAGAGAAAUGAUAUCCUGAUAAAUCGUCGUGAAAAUUUAGAUGAUUUUCACAACAAAAGAAAGAAGGAUGAAGAAGUUUCACGGAGGGGAAAAACUGACAAGGAAGAUGCCUUGCAUGGUUACAGAGCUAGGGAAGAUUCCAGCCGAAGGAAAAGAGAGAGGGAUGAUGGCAUAGAUCACAAAAGGAAAGAGGACAGUACUCGAUUGAGGGGCAAGGCCGAGGAUCAUCAAUCUGCUAAACCCAAGGAUGAUAAUUGGCGUCAUAGAGAGAGAGAGGACAGGCAGCAGCUUAGACAACCUCAUGAAAAUGCACCAACACAUCGGGAAAGAGAAGAAGGGAGGGGAGUAGCAAGAAGCAGCCGAGCUAUAGAAGAUAAGAGCUUGGCUGGGAAUGGUAGAAAUAAAGAUGAGUUAAAACUUAUUGGUUCUGAUAAGGAUUAUCAGGAUAAAGAUAGAAGGCGGCACAAUGAGCUGUCCAGGAGAGGAGACUUCACUGGGGAGGAGAAUGUUUCACAACACAAGGGACGUGGGGAUGCGCAUGCACAUGAGAAACAACACAAUAAUGAGGAGAGAAGCUCAAGGUAUGAAAGACUGAGCAUUCAUAAUGAUCGACAUCCAAGUGCUUCUGAUAGCCAGCAGAUGUACAGGGAGAGACACAGGGAAAAUACAAGAAAAGUUAGAGAGAGUGAAGCUAAUGAGCAAAAUAAUCAGGUGCUUGGCAAGAGAAAGCAUGAGGACUACAAUAUCCACCGAAAUGACAAGGUUAGCUUGAAAGGUACAAAUGAGCAAGAAAGCAGUAACACUUCUUCUGUAACACUCUCCAAGAAGGGUCAUCACCAAAUUCAUGAACAGCCAAAGGCUCACCAGCUGCUCGAUUCUUCAACAAAACAAGGGGAAGAAGAUCUUGCCUCAGAUGAUGAGAACCAGCAGGGUUCUAGACGAGGACGGUCCAAAUUGGAGCGCUGGACCAAUCAUAAAGAGAGAGAUUACAGUGCUAUUGAGAAUGUGCAGACAGUGUCUUCUUCUGUGAAUGUCAAGGAAGUCGAAGGCACUAAUGCUGAUAUGAUACAGGUGGACGAAAUAGCAAAAUCUGAAGGAAAUACUCAUGCUGGCAAGGUGGAUCCCAAGAGUGCUGAUGUGGGACAAACUGCAGAUAAGAUAGCAGACGAUCGUCACCUGGACACAGUGGCUAAGCUGAAAAGGCGGAGCGAGCGCUUCAAACUUCCCAUGCCAGGAGAGAAGGAGAUGACAGUAAGCAAAAAGGUGGAGAGUGAAGUGCAGUUAAUCCAGAAUGAAGCUGUUGCUGAUACAGAGGUUAAGCCAGAGCGACCAGCUCGGAAACGAAGGUGGACUGGCAGUUGAUUAAUUCAUACACAAGUUUUUCCGAAAACAGAUAUGUAGUAACCUAUUGGCAUCGAUAAUGUGUUCCCUUCCAAGGUCAUUUGCCAAUAAUCCUCCAUGAAGCAGGCGGGAAAGUUGGGGCCAUGCUGCAGCUUCGCAAUAUUCUAUAACUCUAUAUCCGCAUUCUCCCAAUCCUCCAGAUGCUGUCUUUGAUUAUGUCUUAACUUAUACAUGUAUUCUGGAUAUGUAACUUUGAACAUGUUGGAUGGUGGUGGGAACCUUGUAUUUUCUUUCCGUUUUUGUCGGGCGCCCUGCAUCUUGUGAUGCAUGGAGGACCCUCUGGGUGCUAUGCAAACUUCACAAGAUUCCAUGAUUAAACAGGUUCUGGCUCAUCGGCAACGCAUCAAGUAUGAUGGAAGUCAGACCUAAAGAUACAUGGAGGACCCACCUUAUCCUUCAUUCUUUAUUGAGGAUUAAGAAGAAUGCAAGCUAGGAGGUGGUUGAGUGGAGCUGCAUCAGUUCAAUUUUCCUUUCCUCUGUUCCCCUCGCAAGAAUGAUGUGAACCAUGCAAAGCCCUGGCAAGGGGAAAGAAAAGCCCCUUGAGAGAAGGUGGCGACUGACGGUGGCUGAUAGCAAAUGCCUGAUGUUCCAGGGUUCAUGCAUGGCUGAGGUGCCUACCUUGCCUGCCAUCAUGGUUUCCGUUUGUCCAGGACUGGGAGCCACAGCUUAUCAUGAAGGUCCUGGAUGGAUGAAGGUUUUUUAUGAUGGUAGAAGGACCUGGUUAAUCCAUGUGCAAUUUUAGAGCCGGAAAGCUUGCUGAAUUGCAAGAAUUUUAUACGAGUUGUAUGGGGUCAUAUGAUUGUACUCAAUAGUAAAAGCUCCAGCGGCUGAGGUCGCAUUGUACCCCUCAAAAAAAAAAAAAAAAGAAACAAAAUCUUAGGCAAAGAUAUGAUACAGAAUACAGCAAUCGUAUUUCCAA